UGUGAUAAGUGAUGACAGAUAACGACGACGUUUGGGCCCUUCUCUAGAAAGAACUCCAUCCUUCUCUUCUAAAACCAGUCACUUCAUCACAUCCAUUUUUAUGAAAAGCAAAGGUCCCGUAUCGAGUGUUUGAUUACUGAAGAAUGAUCAGGUCAAUCUUCUCCUGCAAAAUCUGCUUCUGAACGAAGACAACCAAAUCCAGUGGAAAUUGAAUUCGCUUCCCACUUUCACUUCCUCUGCUUUUCCUAUCUCGCGCAGCUCAGGUGGUCACUUGGAAAUGUCAGCAUACCGAUGGAAAAGCUUCGACGAGAACGAGGACCGCCCUGAAAAGCCUCGUCGCUACGGCGUCACUGAGAUCAGAGGUCCUCAUUAUUCUCUUUUGAAUCAGAAUGUUCUUCAGGAUAUUUUUGAGUCAAUGGGAGAAUUUGUUGAUGGAUUGAAGUUUUCUGGGGGCUCUCACAGCCUGAUCCCAAAGACUGUUAUUAAAGAAAUGAUUGACAUGGCCCAUCGGCAUGAUGUUUAUGUUAGCACAGGCAACUGGGCUGAACAUAUGGUUGGUAAAGGUCCAUCAGCUUUUAAAGAAUAUAUUGAGGAAUGCAAGCAAUUGGGGUUUGACACAAUUGAACUAAAUGUGGGCUCAUUAGGAGUUCCUGAAGAAACAUUUUUGAGAUUUGUUCGCAUGGUUAAAAGUGGCGGUCUGAGAGCUAAGCCCCAUUUUGAAGUGAAGUUUAACAAGUCUGAUAUUCCUAAAGGUGGUAAUAGGGCUUUUGGGGCUUAUGCCCCAGCACCUCAAUCAUCUGAAUUAGUAGAAGAUGCGGAUCUCUUGAUCAGAAGGGCGGAGAGAUGUUUAGAAGUAGGUGCGGACAUGAUAAUGAUCGAUGCUGAUGAUAUCUGCGAACAUGCUGAUUCUAUCCGGGCGGACAUUAUUGCAAAGGUCAUAGGCCGCCUUGGUAUUGAGAAGAUCAUGUUUGAAACAUCAAAUCAGAGAACAUCUGAGUGGUUUAUCAAGCGAUAUGGUCCCAACGUGAAUCUCUUUGUGGAUCACUCCCACGUGAUGGAUGUGGAAUGCCUUCGAGGACGCAACUUGGGUCGGAAUCAUUCAUCUGUUCUUAAUUCAUCAUAUUUCAUGAUGGGAUUGGGAUGUAUAUAACUUGUGUGACUUUGGUUUAAUUUGUGUAUCUCGUGUUGUAACAUUGUUGUCUCUUCUGCGGCGUGUUAUUUUGAAUUGUUUGUGCUUCGAUAAGACAAUUUUUGGCCGAAAAAAACGAAGACUUUUUUUUUA